AUGGGUUUGUGUGAGGAAUACAAGUUAGUCCCUGCAGUGAGCAAAUGAGUCUCUCAACUCUCGGAGUCUGGUGGAACUGCUAAUCCUUUGUCACCAUGAGAGAUUGUGGCUUGGUCCUCUUUGGAACCGUCUUCCUGGUCAUAAUCUUCGAAACGGUUGCUCGCAGGCGCUUCCAAGAUGUGUUCGCUGGUGGCAGCAAAUUAUCAUUUUCACGGCUUCCUGGUCACCUUGCCGGAUGGCACCCUGACAUUAAUGUCUGGAAUGAGAAACUUUAUCCCAUUUGGAAGAGAAAUGACAUCCGAUGGAAAAACUGCUGGAAAGGAGGAAAGAUCGUGGCCCACUUGAGCAAUGAUGGGCCUACACUGGUUAGGGCGAAUGUAACCUUUAACGUGGUGCUUAAAUUACCUAGAUGUCAAAAAGAGGAUGAUAAUGGUGACGUCGUUUACGAUAUAAACUGCAAAAAUGCAUCUUCAUUCUUUCCUGGUCAAUAUGUAUAUGACUGGAGUUCCUGGAUUGGUGAGUGUGGUUGGUUUAACUGCACCAAGUUUACCAAAUACAUCUUCCCAGAUGGCCAUCCUUUUCCUAGACAAAUGGAUUGGUGGCAUAAGAACUUUGUGUAUGUUUGGCACACACAAGGCCAAUACUAUCAAAAUAUUGGGCAUUCCAGUAUGACCCUCUCUAUCAAUACAACCAACAUCACAAUCGGUGAUCAUAUGAUGGUUGUGUCUGUCUAUCGAAGAGAUCAUCAUAGGAAAAAAUACAUUCCAAUUGCAACAGCAAAUGAUCCAUACACGGUUACAGAUCGUAUUCCAACAUAUGUGCAUAUUUCACAAAAAAACAAUCACAAUACCACUGAUAGCAUCUACAUCAAGGACCUCGAUGUAAUCUUUGAAGUUAAACUUCAUGAUCCCAGCAAAUAUCUGAAAAAUGCUGCCAUAUCCUAUAGUUGGGAUUUUGGUGAUGGACGUACUGUUUUAUCAAAAAGUCCAACUGUUCUUCACAAAUACACAAAUUCAGGGAAUUUCAAACCUAAAUUGAUUGUUGAAGCAAUUCUAUCAGUUUCCUGUAGCUCCAUUAUACCAACUACAUUGAGCCCAACGACAACCGAAUUGAGCACUUCAACCAAAUGGAGCACUACGAUCAAACAGAGCACAAUACCUUUGAGUAUUACCACUGAACAGAGCUCUACAACUGAUCAGAAUCCGACCACCGAACGGAGCCCGACCACCGAACGGAGCCCGACCACCGAACGGAGCCCGACCACCGAACGGAGCCCGACCACCGAACGGAGCCCGACCACCGAACGGAGCCCGACCACCGAACGGAGCCCGACCACCGAACGGAGCCCGACCACCGAACAGACCCCUACAACUGAACUGAACACUACAACAGAACUGAGCCCUGUGACCAAUGCAGAUGCUACAACUGGAUUCUCAACAAUUGCUCUUACCAAUGGUACAAACAGUCCACUGCAGCUUGAAAAAAGAGAUGUCUCAGGAUUAGCCUGUAACCUUCACAGAUAUGGCUACUUUGAAACAAAUAUCACAGUCGUAGAUGGAAUUGUUGGAGUCAGCAUUGUUGAGGUGACCAGUGUUCAGAUCUCCAGUGAACUUCAACAGAACUCCAUUGUGAAUUUUGUUGUCACAUGUAAGGGCAGUAUACCUACUGAUGUGUGCACUGUAAUUGGUGAUAGUUCAUGCAUGGUGCUACAAAACAUGAUCUGUGACCCUGUUGAGGCUGUUGAUACAUGCUAUUUGACCCUUCGUAGAAGCUUCAAUGAAUCUGGUAUCUACUGUGUGAAUAUUACAUUAAGGGAUAAUACCAGUUUAGCUGUUGCUAGUACUCUGGUAUCAAUUGAAGGUUCCAGCAGUAAUACAGGUCUGCAUGGUGUCUUAAUACUUGGUGCUUGCCUGGUGAUUCUUAUCAUUGGUGCGGCCUCUUUCCUUUACAAGCGUUACAAAGAAUAUACGCCGAUUGUUAGACGAGUGAAGGACAGAAAUAAACAAUUGGUGGUGAAUAAUGGUGAUGCCACUGUGUACUUCAGUAACCUGAAAAACAAACUCUUCAUUGGGAAUGAUGAAAAGAGCCCAUUACUGAAGAAACCUGGGUUCAUUUAAUCAGAGGUACUCAUCCAAGAAGAAGUGUACUCCAGGAACAGUUAGCCUUCUGUCUGAGUACUUGUGUUACUUCAGCAAAUCUUGACAAUAGAAAUGUUAUACUGCUUAGCUCAUCUUUACAAGUGGAUUACAAUAUAAAUUACUUGAAAUCCAGUUCUCCUUCACACUGCUUGAGGGUAUAACUCUGUAUGUGUUUAUAAAUGUUGUAUCAAUUAAGCACCUGUAAAUGUUGGAAAUAAACUUUUUUUAAUGCCA